AUGGAGAUGGACAGUGAGCCGUCGACGCCGAGCCAUUCCUCCUACUUCACCGGCUGCAUGGCCUCCCCGGCGUGGCUGCCGGCCGUGCACCGGAGCCCCGGGCGGUUCCACCUCCUGUCUCGCGACGGCGGCCGCGACAGCGGGCGGCGGGCGUGGAGGCGGCUGCUCAGGCGGCUGGUGAGGAAGAGCGCCUGCUGCCCCAGCCCCAGGGCGCCGCCCCCCAUGAUCACCUUCCAGUACGACGCCGCCAGCUACGCCAAGAACUUCGACGAAGGACGCCGGCCCUCCUCCGCCUCCGCCACCGCCGACAAGCCGGCCGCCGGCGAGCUGAUCGACCCGGCCGAGCGCCUCAGAUGA